CCGACCAAACACUCCAGCACCAUCUGAACGUGCCGACGAAGGCAAGGCUUCAACAAGUAGCACCGGCGACAGGACCACAGAAACGACUUCGUCGCCGCCUACAGACACUGGUAGCCAAGGCGAAGCCGAAAGAAGAGCCGCCAGGGUUGGCCCUAUGACCACGAGUCCCGCGAGCAGUCGGGGCUCCAGCAAGACGCGCACGUCCCCAGGCUCCCGCCCAAACCGUGCGACCAAAGUCAACGAAGCCGAGACAACGAAGCGAACGCUGCGCCCGCGUCUAGGCAGCGGUCGCCGUCGAAGACGAAGUCGUCAACGACGUCAUCGCCGCAGCAGUCGUCAGCCGCUCAUUUGCCCCGAAAUGCUGGGCGAACCGUUGUCGACUUCGAGCUACCGAUGCAUACAGCUGCCGCCCGGCAAGACGGUGUUUUCUGAGAUUGCUCAGAGGAGUCCCAUAUUUCACGUGUAUGCCGAGACGACCAGGCCUGAUGCGACGCCCGGGCCAGCGACGCCGGGGCCAGCGACGCAGUCGCCUCAGCAAUCUAGCGUGCCGACCAAGGCGUCGCUGUCGAUGCGAUCGCCGGCUCCCGCCGACGGGACAACGACCGCGACGGCGCCGUCUUCUCGGAGGCCGCCCUGUGGGUUGGUUCCCGAGAGGCCCGCAACGCCGGCGCUGUACGUCCUUCGUUCGCGGUCUAGCCUCAGCCAGGACAGCAACGUGAAGUGCGGCAUCCGGGAGGUAUCCUGCGGUCUCGAGCGUGGACCCGUUUUCACUCCUAUCCAGCCUUCGGCUUUCAGCACGACGGUGCGUCGCGCCAUCACACCCGCACGCAUCCACCGGCCGCCGAGAGCCGAUCGCCACCAUUCUACCCGACGGACUGCGUCGCUAACGCCGAUGACACCGCCUCGCAGCGCCCACACAUCGCCCACGUCGCGCGCGCCCUCUCGUGAAGGCCUGAUCAACGAGGGUUACUGUUCGGACUAAAGCUAUUAAAACGCGCAUCUCGCAAUAGACAACUCUUUUAGCUCUGUCAGUAAAACCGACGACAAGGACACGCUGCCACUUCCAACUC